UGACUGUACAAUACAGGAGGGACAUUACAACACGUAUUUACAUCGCUAGUCAUUCAAAACAGAAUACUCUAAUUGCAUGUUGGUCACUAUGGAUAUUCACAUCAGACUACUCGGUUGGAUAGGUUUGAUAGUGUUGGUAGUUUCCUCCGCGACGAGUUUUCCACAAAGCGAGUCCCGGUCUGUGUUACUAUUGCGGAGACAAACACGACAGCUGGAAUGCACUUCGUACUCUGAGUUACAACAUAGACUGAGUUUUGAUGUGAUGGAUUUAACAAGAGGUACUGCUGAACAGCUUUUCCAACAGGGUGUGAUUACCCAGGCGGAUCUGCGUUCCGCUGCUAUUGCAAUGUGCAGUGUACUCUCUUCUCUUUUGGAUCGAUACCGCAACACACUAGAAAGCUGUCCUAAUGCGGAUGAAGUUUUGGCAAACAUGCACGUGUUCAGUGGACUGUGUUAUGAAAAUGGCACAAUGACGGAAUUCUUAUAUAGAUUGAUUGAUGGAUUCGUAACCUCUAACUUCGCCUGGGAAAGUGAGUGUUCCCACCAGGUUGGACCCGUCCUGCGUUCCUGCAGGUCGGAGAGUUUAGAUCCAACAAUAGACAUGGGAAAAGGUCCUCAGGCCUACAGGCACAUUAUGAUAGAGCAAGAACGAUGUAACUCUGAAGGAUUUGAUAAAAACGACGUAAAUGCCUGUGGUGACGUAGAAAGUCUCAAGAGGCUGGCAUGCUUCUGUGAUCUUAUGUUGACAGUUGGACCUGGCGUGACAUUCCGUUUGUCAGACUUUUGGACUGCGGGUUAACUCUAGACCAUCUUACUGCGUUGCGUUACUCUGUGUUAUAACCGAUAUUGUUACUUCAGCUACAUACAGCGUUUUGUUUCGUGUUGUUGCAAAACUUGAUACUUUGUCAGCUAACUUGAAUUUCAAGACAUUAUAUUAUAUUAGUUUGUUAACCCGCUGUACUGAACGUUUCUUUCCUCAGCUAAGAGAACGCAUGAAUUACGUUAUUUGAAUAAAUAUAUAUUUUAUCAGUCAACCAUAUAGCUAGCAUUUUACAGUUGUUACGGCAGUAGCGGAUCACUUUGCAUAUAAUUGCUACACACGAUUUUUGCAAAACCUUUUUUUAAAGACAUCAUAUAUUUUCAGAAAGUAAAUUUAAUUACCUCUCCAGUGAUACUAAAAGAUCUUCAUAAAAUCAAAUAUACACAACGGAAUAAGGAAAACAAGACCUACCGAUUUGUCGGCUAUAGCGGAUCAGUACGGCUAUAACGGAUCACGCCCUUUGGCGGGCCUCUCACUCACGAUUCAAGUUAGAUGGGACGUCUCAAAACACACUUUUCAGAGGUUACUAAUCGCAUCUAAUUAUUAAUUGAAGCCUUUGCAACGAAUACACUUUAAAUAUAACUCCAAUACAUGUGCCAACUCUCAAAACAUGUGUAGAAAUUUGAAAUCGUGAAUGCACGUUGAACGAUGCUAUGCGAAUGCAUACGCGUGCGCAGAUGAACACUGAUCCGUUAUAGCCGAAAAAUCACACAUCGGAUACGACACAAUAACGCAUGUAAGCAUUAUCCAAGAUUACCAAACAAUACAUGAUUCUGAAACAAAACACCAUAAUUCAUCAUUUAAAUGCAUAUUUAUUUGGUUGUAAGUGUGUAUUUUAAUAGAAUCCAUUUCUACAUCGUACCGUCCGUUCUCUAAGAUGGCGGUCAUCGCUAGAGGUGCAGAUUGAGAAAAUAUAAAAUACGGGAUUUCUGGACAUGAUACGUAUAUGAAGUUAUUCUGUUUGUUUGUAGAUUAUAAGAAACAACUUGUUACCAUGUGCAAACAAUUAAUUUCUUUCUAGGAUCAAUACAUUUUGUGUAAUCAGCUUUUGUUUAUUGACUGAUCCGCUAUAGCCGAUGAUCCGCUACUGCCGUAACAACUGUAUAUGUGAUAAGGUAGCAUGAUAACAAUGUAUGUUCUAUCAUGACACCUAGUUUUGAAACUGUUUGCUGAUGCAGAAUUAGUAGCAUUUAAUGGAGAUUUCGCAACCUAAGCGUGAUUGAAGGAUUCAAUAGUUGAAUUAUUUUAUAUGAAACGAAAUGUGAUUUAAAUUUAAACUGAAAUCAAAAGAAGUAAUCAAGAUAGAACAGUAUCAGACUCCGGUACAAGAAUUUGUUACAUUACUCUCGAUCAUGUACAAAAUACGGUAUCAGCAACGAUGUUUCAUAUUUGAUGAGCGAGAUAUAAGAACGCACAAAACAUGUCUUACUAACCUAAUAAGACCUAAUAUCUAGCAAGUAAGAUGCCCCAUAAAAGCCUUACUGGACAGUCUGGAUUAAAACAUCUGGGGUAUGUAGUUUGGUGUGUGGCGGAUAGAUAAUAGAGACUUUUUAAAUGGAUUACAGGGUCACAUAGCACGAUCAGUGAAAUGUUUGUGUGUGACGCCUCAUUGACUUAGGAACAAAGAGUCUUGACUUUAAACACUAUAUUGUCCUAAUGGGUACAAAGGCUUAGGCACAAGUUAUUGCAACUUAUGAAGCCAUCUCCUAUCAACAUGUCAAUAACAAGCGAUUACAUAGACAAUAACAAAUAAUACAAGUAAAGGUAGGAAGGCAAAAACUACAUAUGUACAUACAUUUUAUAUUCAAAAUCUUUCGCUGGACAUAACACAAGUUUGCAAAUGUCUUAAUAAAUUACAGUUGUCAUCCAAAGCUAGGUUUUCGUCGCCAUAUAGCAGUAACCUCAAACUUAUUUGCAUAUUUAUAAUGUUAGUGUAUUGGAACAGUACUGUACGAGAAUUACUAUAAGAUUGACACUCAAAGAACAAAUAAAUGUUCACAAUGAUGACAACAAUUUGAACAGUUUGAAUCUUUAACUAAGUUUGUAUAAAUCAUAUCUAAGAGAACUUCAUUGAUGCCUUAGUCUUAUAUGUAAAAUGUUGUGUUUUCUGUCGCUAUAUGUGUGGUCCAAGGUAACUAGGUGUACCUGUAAUUUUAUUUGGGGCUCAAGCUAAUUGGGAAGAAGAGAGUGGCAAUGAUUUGACAGUACCGUCUCAAGUAUUACAGGUUUUCAUAUUAGAAAGCAAGAAGGAAGAUAUUGUAAGAGAAAGUUUUAAGUUUGGAAUUCUAUAGUUAUCUUAAUUUCUUAGAGUACUCUGUCAUCUUUAUUAGACGAGAAAAAUAAAAAGAGACAUUUUGUGUGAUUUAAUCAGAAAAUUAGAGAAAAAGUAAUUCAAUUUUAGCUUAGAUUGAACAGCAACUCGAAUUUGUAGUAGAUUUCUAUUUUUGCAGGCAAGAUAAUAACAUAACACAAAAAAAGAUCGCCAUACAUGUGGAAUGAAAAAAAUGAAAAUAUAAAUUAAUGCGACGAAAGACGACUAAGAUAGUCGAGAGGCACACAAUCGAGAGAUACAAACAGCAAAUAUACAAUGCAAAACACAAAUAUCUAUCACUUAACAUUCUUAUUAAAUGUGUUUAUCAAUAGAAACCUGCUCACGGAAUUAUAGAUUGGAGAAAUUUGCAAAGGAUAUGAAUUUCGAAGCGACACAUUAUAAGCAAAUGUGAUGAGACUACAGUUAGAAGCAAUUAUGGUGAAAAAGGGGUGGGUGAAAACACUCAAAAGACAGCAGCCUGAAGGCUCCGAGCGAUACCACACAAAUAAGUCUUAGCAUGUCAUCUCAGAAAUCAACAAGAGGAACUCAUAAAUCCAGAUAUGGUGUUUCCAUAUAUAACAAUAGAACCUCGUAAAAUUGUCCUCAAACGUUUUUUGUUUUUUUUUUAAAUUCAUCGUUACUCCGGAUACAGUGUUUGUUUCAUCUGUAAAUCUAAUGCAUACCAUUGCUACACCGGAUAUAGUGCUUUUAUACGUUAAUAUAAAAUAUCCGUGCACCGGACACAGCGUUUGUAAAUACUAGUGAAGAGCCUCUUUCAACCGGAGUUAGUGUGUUUAAUACCUUGAUAUAGAAUAUCUCUAGUCCGGAUACAGUGUUUGACAAUACUUAUGUAGAACCUCUUUACACCGGAGAUAGUGUUUGUUAAUACCAGUGUAAAACAUCGCUACACUGGAGUAAGUAUGUUUAAUACCUUGAUAUAGAAUAUCUCUAGUCCGGAUACAGUGUUUGAUAAUACUUAUGAAGAACCUCUUUACACCGGAAAGAUUGAGUCUUUAAUGCAUUAUUAUAGGAUAUUUCUAUACCAGACACAGCGUUUGUAAAUACUAUUUUAGAACCUCGCUUACCGGAAUCAGUGUUUAUUUACAAUAACAUACUGGUCCGAACAUGAUUAUGAAACUAACUGUUGAUUGUUACGUGCAUGCCACUAUUAUAGCAAAGCUACAAAUCAGUGAAUGGUGUUUGUCAUUAUUAUUGUUUUCAUAACAA